CGCAGUUGACAAAUCAGUGACGCAGUAAACGUACAGCCGUACGGAAGGCUAGUAAAACACGAGUGGGUCCAUUUUUCGUAUUCACAAUAUUCAGUAUAGACCUGGCACUAACCAACGAAGCAGAGUCUUAUUCAUCGUGGUGGUUUGUGAUGUAUGAAUGGAUAGUUGACGGAUUAUCGUCGCUCUUCGUGCCUUUUUCUGGUGAGAAAUCCGCAGCCUGGCCUAGCGAUCACGGUAACGGUGUAGCACGAGCCGCGGGCACAGACACUCAGCGGCUGGACAACAGCAGGCCCGCCAAACGCAACUAUCAAAGUGUGUACUCAGCUGAUUGUGUGACCGAAUAUCCAGAAGUCAAGAGAGCAAGACAUGAUGUGAUCCUCAGGGUUGUCAAGAAGACUUUUGCAGGGAUUGCAGGGCUGUUCCGAUCAAGACACCACAGAAAGGCAGAGCAUGAAAAGCAGAAAGCCUUUACAGAGGUUGGCAGGGUUGCCUUUAUGGGUAUUGAUGACAUACACAGCAACAGCCUGAGUUCAUGGAUUGAGAGCGACGGAAUGGAUAAACAGAUAGAAAUCGGACUUAAAAAUAAUGAAAGAACAGCAGCCAAUGUCCACCACAACCCCCAGGCUUUAUGGAAACCUGAAGGAGCAAUGCUGUACAAGGGAAGCCAGGACAAAGGCAGGGAGAUGCGCAGAUCCCUGAAGCUAGUGCCGUCUUGCAACACCCACGGGCUAAGCGCAAGACCGGCUGAGAUGGAGCAUCCGAGCCGAACACACAAACCUCGCCUGACCGUGGAGGAGGCACUAAGAGAGAGCGAUCGAGAGCAUUACAGGAAGCUGGUAGAGAUGGCGUCAGAGAAAUAUUCAAAGAGCAAAUUGUUGCCGUUUGGACGAAUGAAGCCUCCAAUCACCACUUUCUCCCUUGAUGGACACAAGGCCAAUGGACACACCUCCAUCAAUCGCACUACUGACAUUAGCAGACCUGCUCCAAUCAGAGCCAUACCUAAUGUGUCUGUUUGGUGGGAUCCACUGAUGCAUACUAAAGAAAGAACAUUAGAUUUUAAUCGAAGCACUUCAGCAAGUGAGAUCAAGGAAGGCUCCUUGGAUAACCAAACUGCAAGAAAAAUUCCUGUAGAUGUGGACCUGUCCGCUGAGGUUGAAGCCAGGUUGAAUCUUAAGGAGAAAGAAGCAGCUGCAGGUCCCUCACUACCUUCCAUAUCUGAACUGAUUACAGAUAAAGCGAGGCGCAGUGAGGAGGAGUUUCCCAGACUCACUAAGGAGAUGCAGCAGGAAGUGAGUGCUGCUCUUGCUCAAACUGAUCCAAACCUGGUUCUGUGCAGUGCAUUCAAACUGCGUAUCACACAGAGGGAUCUGGCAACCUUGCAAGAGGGCAGCUGGCUCAAUGAUGAGGUGAUCAACUUCUACAUGAAUCUGGUGAUGUCCCGCAGUGAGCAGGAAGUAGUAGGCAGGAAGGUCUACUCUUUUAGUACCUUCCUCUUUCCCAAGUUGCAUAGCGGUGGACAUGCUGCAGUACGGCGGUGGACUAAGGCUGUAGACCUCUUCCUAUAUGACAUCAUUCUGGUCCCUCUUCACCUGGGUGUUCACUGGUCUCUUGCUGUUGUUGACUUCAAAUCAAAGUCUGUACGAUCAUAUGAUUCCAUGGGUCAAAGGCACGAUGACAUCUGCAACAUGAUUUUGCUUUAUCUGAAAGAGGAGUUCAAGGUGAAGAAGGGCAAAGAUUUGGACACAUCAAAGUGGACCUUGAGCAGUCUACGACCUUCUGAGAUCCCUCAGCAGAAGAACGGUAGUGAUUGUGGCGUGUUCGUAUGCAAAUAUGCAGAUUAUAUCUCCCGAGGACGCAACCUCACAUUCAGACAGAAUCAUAUGCCAUAUUUCAGGAAAGCUAUGAUCUGGGAGAUCCUCAACCAAAAGCUGCUGCAGUAGAAGCGUUGGGAAUAUCAUAGCGACUGAAUCAGAUUGACCAAAGCACAGGACCACCGUUUGUCUGUCCCUUCUGCUUUUUUCUCUUUGAGACAUUUGGCUUUUUAUUGGCCUAUUGCAAAAUUCCACCCAAUUUUUCUGACAGUGGAUUGCUGGUUCCAGGCUGGGUUUGUUUGCACUAAUAACCAAUCCCUACUGUACGAAUCCAAACACUAGAAGCGCAGAUAUGAGCAGAACACUGGAUGGGGGUGUGAAUAGAUUUGAGCAGGUGGAAGCCUCGUUAGCAUUUGUUGUGAGGCUGGAAUCGUUCUCAUUCCAAGAAUGUAGUCUUAUCACCCCCUACUGGUUAUACUGUGAGAUUUUCCAACUCGCAGAAGUAGCUGUCGAUGUUCCCGUGUUUAGUUACGAUGGGGUACUAAAGUUACAAAAUGGACCUUAUUUUCAGCAAGAGUUUCUUAGCGUGGAGAUGUCUUAGCAGUUACUUAUCUAUCUUCUUUCUUUUUUUACCUCACAUGUGCAUUAAUAAGAAAUAAGCAUAUUUAUUUAGUUUGAAUGAGAUGCAGUGAUGCUUAGUAUGUCAAGACUUGUUUUAAAAACUACAAUGUUACCCAUGUCAGAGCAUCCUAAUAGCAAAGUUUGAUGUGCAUGGUGAUGUUGGUACUUGCACUGAAAGCAACAGUAUUCAGUGGAUCUCGUUUCUUUUGUCUCUAAAUAGUCCUGGCCUCCAAGUGCCUUGUUCCCAGAGCAUCUGAUAUUUUUAAGCCAUUCAAAUAUUUUGGCUUCAUACCCGUUUCUGGAGCAUCUGACAUGCUUGUUAUAUGUGUGUACGAAAGCAACCGAGCUUAACACAAGCAAAACCAGAGUUGGAUGACUAGGAGGGGAAUGCAUUGCUCGUUAUUUUGUUUUUAGAUGCUAUGUUCAUAAUCCCGAUGGCUGUAUUAGACAUUCAUAUUGAACUGGAAAUGUGGAACAGUGAAGUUGUGCCAAAUGGACAUUUCAGUGGUUAAAUUCUGCAAUAUUCCUCUCUCAUCCAGAAACGCAGGAUCAAAAAGUGCUUUAAUUCUGACUUGAAGUAAAAAGAAGAAAAAGGUCUAUAUUUAUUUGUUCUUACGUGGCUCUUCUGACUGAGUUUGAGCUUGAGUGCAUAUCCUGGAUUGGACUUGUUUGUGAGAAUGGAGAGUGGUUGGAUUGGCAGUGGGUGAGUUCUGAUGCAAGCUUUAAUAUAGAAAAUGAAAAGGCCCACUGCAUAUGAGCCAUUUUUGUCAUUAAUGCAGAAUGUUGGUCAUUAUUUUUGUAAGUAAUAAAGAUGUGAACAAAAAAAAAAAA